AUGACGGUCAAUCCGCUGAGCAAACAGGAGAUGAUUUUCUUAGGAGGAGAAUGUCAUCAUCCCGCUUGUCACUUGCAUGACUUUUUACCUUUUGAAUGCCCGGCAUGUCAUUUAUCUUUCUGUCAACCUCACUUCCUUCCUUCACAACACACAUGUACAGCCCCUCUCCCUCCUUCCAUGAUCGACCGCAUAGCGCCACAAUGUCCCCUUUGCAAAGAGAACGUGCCAUUACCAAAAACCCACGAUCCGAACGAAGCUGUAGAACGACAUAUCCUUUCGGGUACUUGUGUGGCGAUGGAAGGUGGGGAAAUGAGAAGGAAGGCUGAAUUAAGGUUGAGAAAAGAAAGAGGAGAGGUGUGUUGGAGAAAAGGAUGCAACAAAUCUUUAGUGGUGAAGAUGACAUGUGAGAGCUGCGGACAUCAAUUCUGCCCAUCUCACCGAUACACCACUGCACAUAACUGUCGCGCCCCAUCUGGCUCUUCAUCCAGAAGCGCAACCCCUCAACCGUACAACUUCAGACCUAAUCCCACAUCAAACAUAUUCGCAAAAUCCGCCAUCUCCCGUCUCCUACCACAGCCUACCGCACCUUCGUCGAAACCAACUCCUGCUGUCCCUGCCCAACAGGCGACUCCUAUUUCCGCCCAGCUGGACGCUCGAGCAGCGGCUGCAGCAGCUGCAUUUAAGAGAGCUGGACAAGAUGUAAAGGCGCCUUUUGUCAACUCUAAAGUGGAGAAACGAGCAAAAGACGAACUUUCAUCCACCAUCCAAGCCCUCAAAACUCGACACGACAAAGGUUUACUCACUCCGGCCGAUGAGGUGAGACUGCGGCUCUUACUUGGGGCAGCUUGA